AUGUCCGAUCCUCUUGUCUACACUAUUGGUUGGAUCACUGCCCUCAAAGCCGAAUAUGUCGCUGCACAAGUUUUCCUGGACGAAAGACACCCUGAACCCAGAUGCAGAUCACCAGGUGAUGAUAACCAUUACACCCUUGGUCGGGUAGGCGAUCAUAAUGUGGUCAUCACUGUUCUCCCUGCAGGACAGUAUGGCUUGAAUAGGGCCGCCGUGGUCGCAGGAGACAUGCGACAUAGCUUCCCUAACAUCAGUGCUUGUUUGAUGGUCGGCGUUGCAGGCGGCGCUCCGAACAGCAAAAACGAUAUCCGUCUAGGGGAUGUUGUCGUGGGCACACCGAGCAAUAACCACAGUGGUGUCUUCCAGUAUGAUUUUGGUCGGUCAAUCCAACAACAAGACUUCCAACACACCCAGCAUUUGAGUCAGCCACCUAUGGUAUUCCAAGAAGCGGCAAAGCGGCUUCGAGCUCAGCACAACGCCAAAGGUACCCGGCUUCACAAUGCAGUCAUUGCCACUCUGGAUAAAUAUCCAAGGCUACAAAAAGCAUACGGACGCCCUGAUACCCCCGACCAGCUCUACCUCCCUGAUGUAAUUCACUCAGGAGUAGAUGGUUCUGCCUGCCUCCAAGCCUGUGGAAGUGACCCUUCAAGCUUGGUUGAUCGAUCAGAACGGACGCGGUGUGAUCUUGAACCUUCCGUCCACUACGGACUCAUAGCUUCCGGCAACACUCUUUGCCGCGACGCGUUGAUGAGAGAUAAGAUCUCCACAGAGAAGGAUAUCCUCUGUUUCGAAAUGGAAGCAGCGGGUGUUGUGGAUGUUAUUCCCUGCCUGGUUGUUCGUGGUAUCUGCGACUACUCCGAUUCUCAUAAGAACAAGGAUUGGCAAGGUUACGCGGCCAUGACAGCUGCAGCAUAUGCAAAAGAAUUGUUGAACAAUGUCCCUCAGGAUAGGGUUGGGAAUGGUUAUUGA